GUCUAUCUCGAAAUUAAGACAGAUUGAACUAUUUUCAGAACAUUUCAUCUACAUCCCCUGUUGUGCUGUACAAAACCCGUUCCCUCCACUUUAGACCUUGUACCACGAACCGGUGCCUUGAAAUUCCGUCCCGCUUCUGGCCUAAACAAGAGGCUCCCACCAUCAUCCUCUCCAAACGUCAGCGCAAACUCUCUGCUCCAACAAAACGCAUCGUUCGGUUUCAGUUUGGAAGAAAACAAAGUGCGAACGCGACUUAAUUUCUGCCGCCGAGGUCUCAUUGUUGAACGGCUUGUCUCACGGCUUCACGCUGGUGGCUUUUGGACUCCGCCACCUUUCGGCUGCCUCGUCUUGACCUCCCCACUGCGCAUCACGAUAUCAUCACUUGUCAACUAGCUUGAUGCUUUGACAAGCUGAUCUUUUCUUCUGUCACUCUCUCCGACCACGUUCUCUACCGAUUUCUUUCGUUUCCUCGCAUCGUCCGACUCGAUUGUUUCACCGUCUCCGUUUCGACUCCGUUACCCUCGAUACCCGUCACACCUUCACGCUGGACGACUACACGAAUCCCUCGGCUCCGGCCGAACCUACAACCAUGGAGCACAUGAUGAGUUCACCUCCCCAUGAAAUCCCACUGCCACCGCCAGGUCAAGACGAGACCGGAGGCAUCGAAGAAUCUCCCCAUCCGAAUGGGUUCCAUCAUCAGCAAAGCACAUCCCUAGAUCAAGGGCUAGCUCAAAGUCCACGACAAGAAGACCCGUCUACUAGAUAUACUCCUCCAGUCCAAACCGCACCGCCAAUUUCCCGCCCAGCUAGUGGCUUGUCCAACCCCGCACACCAAGCCUACAACGACUAUCGACAGAGUUCCGGUGAGCCAUCAUCCAAUGGUCGAAACCAUGUUGUCAUCAAGGUCGGGAUGGUUGGUGAUGCGCAGAUCGGAAAGACCUCGUUGAUGGUCAAGUACGUCGAAGGGAGCUGGGAUGAGGAUUAUAUCCAGACGCUAGGUGUCAAUUUCAUGGAAAAGACAAUCUCCAUCCGUAACACGGAAAUCACCUUUUCGAUCUGGGAUCUCGGAGGCCAACGAGAGUUUGUCAACAUGCUGCCUCUGGUGUGCAACGACGCAGUUGCCAUUCUCUUCAUGUUCGAUCUCACCCGCAAGAGUACAUUGAAUAGCAUCAAGGAGUGGUAUCGACAGGGGCGCGGGUUCAACAAGACGGCCAUUCCAAUUCUCGUCGGUACAAAGUACGACCACUUCGUCAACUUUCCUCCACAAGAUCAAGAAGAAAUCUCAAAUCAGGCGCGGCGGUUUGCGAAAGCCAUGAGGGCUGCAUUAAUUUUCUCGAGUACAAGUCACAGUAUCAAUGUGCAAAAGAUCUUCAAAAUUGUUCUAUCCAAAGCGUUCGACCUGAAAUGCACGAUCCCGGAAAUCGAAAACGUCGGCGAGCCGCUCCUUUUGUAUCAGUCCGUGUAGUCGACCGAAUAACGAGUAAAUGUUGAACCUGACAACAUAACGACAAGCGACGGGAGAGUCGCAAGCAAGCAUUUUUCUUUGUUAUAACAUACAACACAACUGGGUCGUCUACUUUUCUUCAAACUUUGAGAUUACUAGGGCAAAUUACGGAAGGGGUCAGGAUUCACCUCUGGGAUAGAUAAACAUGGGGAUUGGCGCAGGACCGCAUUAAUGUGGCCAGCUUUACCGGUCGGUGGUCACGGCGGGCUAUUGAAGUAUUUGAGAGAUACAAUCGGCUGUUAAUCGUAUUGGUGUAUGCUAGAUGUAGAUGAAUGAUGUUUGGUGGGAUUUGUGAAUGUGCCCAUGUGUUUUGUGGCUAUUGCUGAGAUCGAGAUCGAUAUAGCCAACGGAAUCCUGCAGCUAAUUCUUGUCGUAGGUCGUCUAUUGGUCGUUUGGAUGGUAUUGGGACGUCGCGGAGGUACAUGUGAGCCUGCUCGGGGUCCUUGAGUGAGGGAUGGUAGUACAGACGUGGACUGGUUGGUGGUUUUUGUUUUGUGUAGAUUUGGAUGCCGUCACGAUAGAUGGAGAUGAUUUCGACGAGCAUGCCUCGCUCGAGAUUUGGCUUGAGCUUUAUGAGCUCGGUUGCUUCUUCGUCGGGAACACGUCUGCGACGGAUGAAGUAGCACAUGAUGAUGCCGAGAGUGAGGUUGAAGGAGAUAAUGAUGCUGAGGAGUGGCAGGAGUAUCGCGUACACCUCUGGUGAUGGCUCCAUGGUGAGCCUCGGGGGGCAUUUUAUACGACACUGAUUCAGCGAUCCAUAUGUUAGAGUAAGAAGCAAAACCUUUUCUUGAACUUAGGGGGCAGAUGGCUUAUAUUGAAAGUCUGUAUGUGAGGAGAACUUAAUUCACUUGUACUUGAGGAACAAAGGAGUGUUCUGUGGUGUGAUCUGAUGGCCUGGGUCAACGCUGUUCGGGGAUGUACUUGGGAGCAGCAGAAAGGAAACGCCAACCUGGUCUAUACCGAUUGAAGUCUGCAGACUAUGGGUUUAGAUACAAUACAAUUCUGUCAGUUCACUGGUGUAUUUCCCACGAUACAUCUACGUCUUGAAC